AUGGCACCAAACGGCUCCAUCGUGGCGACAACGACGACGGCAGAUGAAUACUUACCACCAUCCCUAGCCCCACCUUCUUCAUCACCGCCGGCACCGCCGACGUGGGUACGGGAGAGUAAUCUUCUGUGGUACCACCGGUGGGUGAUCCGGGUGCUCGGGGCUGGUCCCAUACCGGACCACGUGGCCUUCAUCAUGGACGGUAACAGGCGGUAUGCGAAAAAUGCCAACAUCUCUAGAGCAGAUGGCCAUUCGGCAGGGUUUGAGAAACUAUCUGAGACGUUGCAGUGGUGCAUGGAGAUCGGCAUCAGUGAGAUCACCGCGUACGCGUUUAGUAUCGAGAACUUCAAGCGCACACAGGACGAGGUGGACGCACUGAUGGACUUGGCGCGUGAAAAGUUCCAAGGGCUUCUUGCCGAGCGCGAUAAGCUGCAUGAACGAGGCAUUCGAGUACGGAUCAUCGGAAACUGGGAUCUGCUUGCCCCCGAUAUGCGGCGCAUCCUUGCCGAGGCGGUACUGCUGACAAAAGACAACCGCAAGGUGACCCUAAAUGUGGCGUUUGCGUACACGUCGCGGGAUGAGAUGACACAUUCCAUACGUACCGUCGCCCAGGGUAUCAGCGAGGGGCGAUUAAAACCGGAGGACGUCAACGAGGAGCUGCUGACGCGCUGUCUCUACACAAAGUCUUCAGCCGAACCGGAACUGCUGGUACGGACAUCGGGCGAAAUGCGGCUGAGCGACUUUAUGCUCUGGCAAUCGACCAGCAGCGUCAUGCUUUUCGGCAAACGUUGGUCGCUUUGGCCCGAGUUUACCAUCUGGCACCUGUUUGCGGCCAUCUUCUACUAUCAACGGUAUUGGUGGCGAAGGCAGGAUAUCCGUCGGUCACUCGAUCGGUUCACCAUCGAUGCUGCCGCCUGCUCGGAUGAAGUGGGCGCUUCAGAGGGCGCCGCUUGCGUUGAACGAAAAGAACGAAUUGGACGCUUCUUGGCGCACGUCGAGCAGGAGGAAGAGAAGCAAUUAAGGCGGUUAGUUCGAGGGACGGCAAUGAAGUAA